AUGUUAGCCGACAGUGAUACGAUUCCGUUGUUAGUAGUCGAUGGUAGUCAUUAUGAGAUUGGAUAUAAAAUAGGUGAAACAUUUCGUGAACGUAUCCAUUUACGUAUCAAAUUAGAUUUGACACUCCAAACUUUAUUUGAAUUUGUGAAAACGGACUUUUGUCAACAGUUGUAUGCUGAAUAUGUCGCAGCUAUUCGAAGUGUCUAUCCGUGGUAUUACGAUGAAAUGAAAGGCACAUCUGAUGGAUCUCAACUAUCUCUUGAUCAAAUAUUAUGUUUAAAUUUCCAAAAUGAAACAAAAAUGGGUUUGAGACGAUCGAAAGAAAAAGAAAAUGGUUCAAUUGGUUGUAGUACAGUAUUAUUAAAUCGAGAUAAUGAAUAUUCUAUAUUGCAUAAUGAAGAUGCUUCUAGUUCAUUGUUCAACGUCGCUUAUCUAAUUGUGGCUACUAUUAAUGAACAAACUUAUGCAGAUCAGAAUUUUACAUGUCCAAAGGAAAAAUUUAUCAGUUACUGUUACGCUGGAACUAUACCAGGUAAUGCCUUUAGUGCAAAUGUACAUGGUUUAGUAUUCACCUUGAAUGGUUUAUAUCCAAAUUAUUUAACUCGUUCAAAAUUACCCCGUCAGAUAAUGAAUCGUGUGUUAUUAUCUAUUUCUACAGUAGAUGAAUUAGAUCACUUAUUAUCAUCACAGCCAACAGCGUUCGGCUUUUCAGUCAAUGUCGGUUUUUACCAUCAGAAACGACAACGUUGUUUACUCAAUUAUGAAGUUGGGCCGAAAAAAGAUAAGGAUUUGGGUACGUUAGAAUAA